GUCUCCCCUCCGCUGCAAAAAUGCUCACUCUCGCCCGCGUCGUGUCUUUCGCGCUCCUUGCGCUGUCGCUCUUUACCCUCGCGCACGCGUCUCCUGCCUCCCGCCGUGCUGCCACCAACGCGGAACGUAUGGCUCGCGGCCAGGCCCCGGCACGUCCGAGACGGCUUUACAGUGGAACCCGCACGAACGCUGCACGUUCCGCACCGUCCGGAGUCCCCGGUACUGUACAAACCGGUACGAUUGGGAUCUUCCCUGCCGACACCCAGACUGCUGUGCGCAAGCGCUCGGAUGCCAUCGGCUGGCUGGGUGCGUACGGUGUCUCGAGCACCAUCGCGCAAGCGUCGACCUACCAGUACACGUCGACGUCGUCGACUAGCUCGCUCUUGGAGCUGGCCCACCCGAGCACCCCUUACCGUCUCGGCGGCGUCGCCAUCCGCUCCGGCGCUGCAGUGACCCUGGGCCCAGGGAACGCCUACUACUUGGAGCUGCAGAACACCAGGGCGCACACCGCGGCAGGGAGCUCGACAUCGACAUACGUGUACGACACCUACGCUAUCGGCUACGCGCAAACGAGCAUCUUCGAGAUCGACAUCAACGGGAAGCUCUCCGUCCACUGGGUCAACCCCGACGGAAGCGUGGCCGCGCAAUACCUCUACGUGUCCGGCACCGGCAUCUACGUCACUGGCGACCCUGCUGUGUUGCAGUCGCAGCUGGGUGCAGAUGCUACCCUUACCGCCGUGGACCUCUUCUUCAACGUCCCGGACACGGUCGUGUACUGAACGCGCACGGCGAUGCCUUCCGCUCUCGUGUAGAAAGAAGCCUUUCGCGUUCGCGCGUGGAGCUUCGGAGACGAUCCGCUGGAGAGGGCUGUUGAGGACUCUUUUUCGUUUGACCUGGACAUGGACCUCGCGCUGAACAGUGGGCCGUUUUGUCCCCUGCCAGCUUGUAGACACUGCUCCCGCAGAUUACGACUGGCGCAUAGGUGGAGGACGCUAGUAUUAUCCUUAGUAUCGUAGCACCGGAGCUGUUGAAGGCUUCGUGCCGUCUCCGUGUAGUAUUGUGUUGUUCCCGUUGGGUUUUAGAUAGUACAUGAUGUUGUGGACGUCCGCGCUCAGCGUUUGUCUGCGAUAGCCAACGUAAA